AUGAUGCCAAGAGUUCUGCGCAUGAAUACGCAGAGAGAUCAACCUCAGAUUGAUAAAGAGCAAAAUGGCAUUUGCCUUGCUGACCCCAACACCCCCUUCGAACCCAACGCCAGCGAACCCCGUGGUGCACGUGCAACUUGUAAAUGUUCGUGCGCUAACGGCGCCACGGGAUCCCCGGGAACGUCGCCGAUUACCAGAGAGCCGUCCACGCUGGUUUCGCAGAAGAUGCAGCGGAAGUUGAAAUCUAGCCUGUCGGUCAACAGCGAUGGCAGCCGGAGAAGCAAAGGAAGCUCCACCGAGACGCCAAAACCGCCUUUGCCAGAAGACUGCUGCGUCCAGUGCAUCUUGGCGUGCCUCUUCUGCGAGUUUCUGACCCUAUGCAACAUGGUGGUGGCGCCGGCGGCAUGCGGGCCUUGCGCGUCCGUGUCCUGUUGCUGUUGCUGCUGUGGCGAAGACAUGGGCGACGACUGCAACUGCCCCUGCGACAUGGACUGCGGCAUCAUGGACGCCUGCUGUGAGUCGUCGGACUGCUUGGAAAUCUGCAUGGAGUGCUGCGGCAUCUGCUUCCCUUCGUAG